ACAGAUAGAAAUAGAGAAGCAGUGAGGGUACAAAAGUCAUUAUCCUAUUCACUGCUGAGCACAACAUUCAGGGACGGACACAGAUUUCAAAUUAAGACCUACACAUGCAAAACUGCAAAAUAUAGGAAUUUUAAGUGAUAGUAUUAUAAGUAUUUUUUGUUUAAACAUUUUUGUAUUGUUAAUUGUAGCAGUCCAAGAUGGCAUUUUUGCUGCUGUUGCUGACACUGACAGCAUGUGCUGCAAGUCCUCAAGAUCUGUCAGGUAAAAUGUUCACCUUUCCCCAAGAAACCAACACAGCUCGUGUGAUUCUGACACCAUCACCAAUACAGGAAUUGAGGGCUGUAACCGUCUGUCACAAGUCCUUUACAGACCUCAAACGAGACCACGCCCUUUUCUCUUUGGCCACACAAACUUAUACCAAUGCCUUCAUGAUUCAAUGGGACGAAACAAAGAAGGAAGUGCAGCCCCAUAUCGGGGAUAAAAAGACAGAAUAUAGAGGGCAGGACUACAAACCGAACAUGUGGCACUCCGUUUGUACUACAUGGGACUCUGCGUCUGGACUGGUGCAGCUGUGGUUUGAUGGACAGCCUUCAAUGAGGAAAUAUGUCAGCUUUGGAGCAAUCAGAGGAUCCCCCAUCAUUAUCUUAGGACAGGAGCAGGAUACCCAUGGUGGGGGGUUUGACCUGAAGCAGUGUUUCGUUGGCAUGAUGUCUGAUGUCCACAUGUGGGACUACACCCUCUCCCCGUGUGAGAUGCAGAAGUAUGUGGAUGAUCUAAACUUCACUCCAGGGAAUGUGCUCAACUGGAGGGCGAUGGAGUUUCAGAUUAUAGACAGAGUGCUGAUAGAAGAUAAACUAAUGACCUGUCACUAAAAUUUAAAACAAUACUAUCUAUAUAUUAGAAAGGCAGACAUCCCAUUUUCUGCACUUUUAUGUUCAAUGUAAAAUAUGUUACCAAUGUCAGUAUGCUAUGUUAAAUCAUUGUUUGUAAAAAGACCUUUACUGAUUUAUCUUAAUACAACAAUUACAUGAAAGAGUUAUUGUGGUCUGAUAAUUUUACCUGUCCGUACCAUGAAGAGAUUAACCUGACUCCGCCAGAUGGAUUGCUUCGCAUUUGCUCAGCAUAUCCA